UGGAGUGUGCAUAGCUUGUACAUUUGCAAAUGUGAAUAACAAUAUUUCAGAAUAUAGAUUUUGGGUGUUAAGGAAAAAUAUUUUGAAUAUAGAUUACAAUUUUAUACACAAUACAUCAUAGCUUUUUGAGCGCACAAAUAACACUCUUCAUGUUUCAGAAUAUAAAUCAGAAUAUCGUUGAAUGUAAAUCAAAACGUGUGAAUAUAGAUGUACAUAUACUUCAUAAUCAGUCUCAAGAAUCGGAAAGUAAACAUCAUUCGGUUUUUUUUAAAUACUUAUUUCAUAUGCCAUAAGUAUGAAAGGAAGAAUAUUCUCACAUUUACAUGAAACUUCAUUAAUUAUAAUCCUGCUUUAAAACAUGCAAAUGUACACAGUGUAUAUUUCACAAAUCGUAACACAAAUCAAUGAUGAGCAAUGGAUUUUCUCUUAUUUCAAUAACCGUCGAAUUAUUUACAGUACAAAUGUAACGUUAAUCCUUAAAAAAGUCAAUUUUAUCGCGACUCUGUUGAUCUGGCGAUGACUUCAGGAUUUGGAACUUCUAGUACGGCGGUAUCAACUGGGAUUUGGGAGAUCUACCCCCGCAACAAGUGGGAUUUUGUUUGAUUACGUUGACAAACAAAAUGGAUUUCCACUCAGAAUGAGAUGUUUCUCUUGUUCAAUCAAAUCGACCAGAUAACGACGGAGAAACACAAACAUCCUUAGGGUACCCUUGUUUCUCGAACGACACCUCUCGGGUCUCUGACAAUGUAAAACACAUAACUGCCCGGGUAGUGUCAUUUAUCAUAUAUGUUGUCGUUUGCUCACUGCAAUGAUUUGCCUUUGUGAAACGUACAUCUCUUUUGUCCCUGUAGUUUGUUUUCGGUUAGAUGGCGACAGGUGAUUCGAUCUGACGAGUCUUCAGCACUGCUUUUGGACGUGACCAUUAAUACAAAGAACUGUGCGACACCAUAUUCAAAAUAUCAAGUUUUACGCGUUUGUGAGUUUUUCAAUGAAAUAAUCUUCAUGCGAGUUAAAAUGGCAAAUAGACACAAGAUUCCUCUUCUUUUGUCUGACUGCCAGCCAUUCGUUAAAUGGUGUUAAAGUGUCUUCAGCUUUUACAACCCAACGAAUUGUAAAGAGACUUUGUUAAAUUGGCAUUUCAAUUUUAAGGUGGGAAGAUUACUCUUUAUUUAGUGAAAAAUAAAUAGACUCGUUGAUAUGAUUUCAAUGCCUUUAAAUUUGAUUAAUAGGAUUAUUCAUUUUAAUUUUAAUUUGAGAAAUGUUACCAUGGAUGAUGACUUGCAUAUGUUUAAAUAAUAAUACAGAAGAGGAAACAAGAAAAUGACAUUUCCUUUCGCCGCUGUGCAUUAAAUUGUGAGAGAGCAGUAGGUGUCCCCCAACGACUCGAUAAAUCGAUAACAUUUUUGUCCGUUCCUUCCCAGGUAGAUCGCAGGCCUCCUGAACUUGGCGAAAAGUGAAUGCCGUCAGACAUGUAAGAACGGGGUCAAGAUAAAUUAAACAGGAUCCAUAAAUUUUGUAAAAUUUGACUUUGAGUACAAGUAUACACGAGGAAGGGUGGAUAAGGAAUGACGUAAUUUAGAACUUGCAGUAAAAUUUUCAUCUACCUCCGAUGGCCCAUAAUCAUGUUCACGGAUUAUAUAAGAAACAUCUUUACUGAAGUUAAAACAGUGUCUCUAUCAUGAAGGAGAGUGAACUUUUUUUGUUUAUAUUUUACUAAAAUGUUCACAAAGAUCAACCACAAGGAAUACAUCUGCCGCUAUUAGAAUUGUAUAACUCCGCACAGAUUGGAGGCAAUACGAGGAACGGUUCAGCGAGCGCGAUAACGCCAAACAGAAAUUCAAAAUGGAAUAUAUUUAUGCCAAAGAGAAUGUGGAUUAGGAGGAAUCAAACGAAGACAUGAAGGACGCUGGGAAAAGUGAGAAAUGAAAACGCCGACACCUUCAUACACAAUUUUCAUUGUUGUCUGGAUAUUUAUUUCCACACCUGAGUUGACAAAACUUACAGAUGGCAGCUAUGCUCUUCACGUGCCUGUGGUAUAUGUGGCAUUCUCCGGUGACCUGAUCCUUAAUUAUACCAUUCCAUCCAAUGUUUCUCAUCCAAAUGCCUUCCUGAGGAUUUUAUCAGUUAUGGAAAAUCACAUUCGAAAGGAAAUUACGACACUUGGUCUUCCAUACGGCCAAUCGUAUGGCAGCGUUAGCGUACGAUGUGGAAUUUUAGAGUUUUCAGCAUCUCAUAUCGUAGAACUUCACUCUUACGCCGGUGGACCCAUUUUAACCACUUCUACUUUCCACGUGGAGUGGCCCUCAUUCACAUUGAAAUUGCCCCCAGAUCACGUAGCACAGACCCAAGCUGUUACUCUUGUAUUCCAGUCAACUGCAAAAUGCAAUCCACUGCUAAAGCGUUAUUCGUUUCAUAUAGACCUAGUCAAAGACAAAAAUGAAAGCUUAAGUGAUCAGUAUACCGUGUUUCACGCAACUCCCAUAUCAAAUAUAGUUUCGCCUCGUCAAGAUAUACGUUAUCCAUGCAAUAUAUUUGAUACCAUUGGAAAUUAUAAAGCAAUACUCAGAAACAGUGUAAAUACCGGCAAUAUUGUUUCACAAAGUGGAGUUAUGACGGUAACUUGGAGCAAUGCCUACAGUGUAGACAUUUAUUCAUCUUCCAUUUUUCCUUGCAUAGGGCAUAUUACCUUAGUCUAUACAUAUCCUGAGUGCAUUGGGACAAAGGAUAGAAUUCGCUUGUACAUGCUGAACAGAGAAAGUGGUUCUAUUGCAGCACCUUACCAACGAAAAUACAUUUCAGAGAAAAAAGUUGACCCGGACAAAACCAACAUCUUCUUUGAUUGCGCCUUGUUUCAGAGCAUCUCUUCAGCAUAUUGUUUUGAAUAUGUCAGUAUUUCAGCCAUGGAAAAGUUAACGGUUCAGAAGUCUCUCUGCUUAUCAACACACCCUGAUUCCGCUCUACCAAUAGAUGGUGGAUGGAGUCCAUGGUCCUCAUGGAGUGCUUGCAGUGUGACCUGUGGGUCAGGGAAGGUCAGUCGGUCCAGAAUCUGUAACAAUCCCUCUCCCAUGCAUGGGGGUCUUUAUUGUGAAGGGGAACCAUUUGAAUGGAAACCCUGCUUUGAAGAAUGUCCAGAGCUUAUACCGAAAACACCUCUUCAUACUCUUUCACUCGACAAAUCAUGCAUCUGUGGUUGUGAGAUCAAUUCAAAACAGGGAGAGAUUAUCGCGACGGGACGUUGUUCUGGUCUUUCUAUGUGGCUUAUAUCUGCAACAAGCAAUCAUCAAGUUUUCCUGUCUUUCACGUACUUUAAUUUGUUCGAGCAAAAACAAUGGGUAAAAAUUCGCAAUGGAGGGACGUCAAAUGCUGACCUUAUAGCAAAAAGUGACGGCGAAAUAGAUCUGAAGAAGGUCAUUUCCACAACUGGAACGAUGCUGAUAGAGUUUAUGACGUUAACAGAGUCGUCUGCCAAUUUCUCUGAUGUCAAUUCCUCCACUGAUUCUCCUUGGGUUCUGUCAUAUCCUUCAGAACUAAUUCAUGUCCAUGGAUUUAUAGCAUCCUUCUACAUACAAGUGAAAAAUGAAUCUAGAUACAUUUCGGCCGUGACAGUUACAGAACCUCCACCGAAAGAGGGCAUUUGGCAGAGCACGGUGACAAUUGUUGGAAUAUCUCUCUGUGCCGUUAUAAUCGUAGUAGUGAUUAUUAUAUCAAUAUACCAUAAAGUGUUUCGCAAAAGGACUCACAAGUAUGCCAUGACGAAACAAGAGGAUACACCAGAGCAUUUCCCUAAAAGUACAAGCAUGCAUAGUACUCCAAGUCGUCAUAGUGCUAUAAGUCAGGGGAUAGAAAUAGAUAUUGAUAUGGAAAAGCCUUUGACUGGAAAGAAUGCAAGAAAGAAAUACAGAAAGGAUAGUGACGCUCACAUAUCACGUGGCUCUUCAGUUUCUAGUAACAGAAGUGGUCGUAGUAAAAACAAAAUAAAAAUCAAAGCGGAUAUAGAACCAGGAGGGAGCCCCAAACCCCCCUCUAGACAUUAUACGCCUUUACCUAGUCCAUUAGUUCAUAAUGAUCUCAUACAGGAGGAGGACAGUAAAAUUAGUUUAUUCAAUGCAAGUCCUCUGUCGAAUAGAAAAACUCGUUCGCCAAAGAUUCAUCCUUCGCCAAGAUUCAAAAGACUAUCCAAUGGAGGAUCUCCAGUUAAAAGUAAACAUGAACUUCUUAUUCGUAAACGAAAGGAUCGAAGCGCUAAGGAAAAGGUGGAGAAAAAGAAAGGAAAUCCUGAUUACAGUCAAAAGAAAGUUAAAGAGAGUGUGAAAUGUCUAGCUACACCCGAUUCUGCAGGAUCCCUUACCCCAACACCAACAGUUCUUAAUUCAAUACCUCCGGUGGAUGCACAGGUAGAUGACGAAAAGGAUUCCAAGGAUAAUAUCUCCGAGGAAAGGGAUUCGAAGGAAGUCAUUGAGCUGAAGGAUAUGGCAAAAGAGGAUAUUGAAACUAGAAAGCCAGGAUCUGGAACUUCAGAUGAUUCUUGCACGCCUGAAAAAGGGGAACUGUUUAUGCAGCAGACGACUUCCUUUGUCCAGUCACCCAGUAUAGAGUUAAUCAAAUUGCGAAGACCUACGUCUUUGACUGAAAGUUAUAAAAAAUCCGUGUCACUACCGUCCAUUGAUAGGGUCAUGAACAGCUCUGAGGAUAUAGUUAAUGAAGAUCGACAGAAAGCCUUGCCAAAGCCAGAUGGACAAAGUCCUAAAAGUCCACGACAGGAAAAUUCCAAAACCUCUUCGCCAAAAAGUGUUCAGGGCUCAAGUGUUAAUAGUUCUAGGAGUAAACUUACCUUGUCGCCAGCGCGUAGUGCCACUUCUCCUUCAGAAAAUUUAGAAAUGGAAUAUGACGAUUACAUUGAAUACGAUGACACAUUUUCUUACUUCGAUCCACUAGAAACGGAGAAGUUACAAUGGAAAGGCUCGGAAAAGAUCGGAAAACCUAAAUCAUUAUCCAAAGACGACCCUAAAAAAGGAAGCAGUGAUUUAUGAUUUCAAUGGAAUUCGUGAAAUAUUUUUGAGCUUUGAAUCUUUUCAUUCUGUUUUAUAUAAUGGUCUACAUUGGGAUGCUACAUAAUGUGUGUUGGAUCGUCAGUAUGCUUUUGAAAGGAAUUGGUUGCAGCUUGUGUCAAAAGUUUUAUAUAUAUAUAUAUUUAUUUAGAAAUUUGGUUUACGUUUUCACGAUCUUUAAAUUAAUAAAUACAUGUACAUGAAUGGCGAAA